UAUUCUUAUUUUCUGCACAUCACAACAUAAUGAUUUUGUGGUUAAAUUGACCGAUUAAGCAUAUCUCAAUUCAUUUGGACAAUGGCGAACUGAACUUUUCACUUGGCUUUUCCCUCAUGGUUUGGGAUUUCGGUUUUCCUUGUACAGCAAUACGGGAUUGAAAACCUAAGCAGCCGUCCUGAUAUUUCUCAAUAUUUCUCUCCGGAUAGACCGUUACGCACGGUAGUCUGUAUACCCUGACCUGUAUAUUGAAUAGGAAGGAACGUACAAGAUGGAUCUACGAGAAGAAUAUGAAAAUGGUAAAGAAAACAGUGAUGAUGUCGGGAAACAUGAAUUUUUCAUGAAACAAGCACUGCUCAUGGGCGAGAGAGCUCUGGAAGUUGGAGAGACCCCCGUGGGGUGUGUUUUAGUGUUGGAUGGCAAAAUCAUUGGCUCCGGGAUGAAUGAUACUAACAGGUCCAUGAAUGGCACGAGACAUGCAGAGUUCUUAGCGAUUGAAGAAGCACUUCAAACCUACCCCCAGUCUAUCUUUUCAAAAGUUGACCUUUAUGUGACGGUUGAACCGUGUGUGAUGUGUGCAUCACUUCUGAGACAGUAUAGAAUCCGUCAAGUUUACUUUGGCUGCGCCAACGACAGGUUUGGCGGUAAUGGAAGUGUUUUGUCCUUGCACUCGGAUUCUAGUGUAGAUCCGCCUUAUCCAGCACACCAAGGAAUCUUUCCCAAAGAAGCGAUUAUGUUGCUCCGACGAUUCUAUAUCCAAGAGAAUACAAACGCACCUAAUCCGCGACCAAAGCGAAAUCGCGAGCUAAAUAUGGACUUCUCAGAUGAGGGUUAGGAGAAAACAAAGAUACGGAGGAAAGAAAAAACGCGACUCCACUAUUGCCUAGUAGUAAGCCGAUUUUUAAAGCGUUGAGAAAUCAUGUGAUUCGGACAUGUUGUUAUAUAAAUACAUGCGACAAUAGCUGGUAGCCUGGUUGAUU